ACGAACGUGUAUGGGGGAGUUGGGUUGAGUUCGGGGAUUCCCGGGCUGGCAUCUGCAGGGGCAAAAGGAGCCAUCGCCACACCAAGGGGAAACCCACCUUCCGAUACUUGUGAACGCAUUUGAGCGCAAACUGCUGACACGUUCCCCCACUAGAUACCAGCGCGUAGCCACGGACCUCGGCCCGAACUCGCGAGACAGCGGGUGAGUUCCGGGCAGCCGCACAUCUGCGCUUGGGUAUCCGCGCGUGCCAAACCCAGGCGUCGCAUGCAAGUCAGCACUGGCAAAUGCGAUUCUGAAGAUAAUCGUGCAUAAUUAACAUAGGUAUUGCCACGCUCGUUACAAACGACGUAAUCUAGCGAACGCGGUAGUUCCGCAAAGAAGUCUCUGAGAAAAUGCGGUGUAGAUAGAUCAUACAAAAACUUGACCUUGAUACGCUCAAAUAUGAGCACAUGCAUUUAUAGAGAGUGCCACCCGCCGACCGGCGUCACCCAAAGCGAGGCGGCGUACCUCACGCAUGCGCCCCUGCCGCCAGGCACCGCGGCAGCGGCCGCCGCCGCUGCAGCUGCAGCAGCGGAGCACGGCCCUGCAGCAGGGCCGCGCGGCAGCGGCGCGACAGGGGCUGGGGCCGGCCCCGCCCCCUCGGUCCAGCAGCCCAACCUGGUGGUGGUGCGAGUAAACCGGCUGGAGAUAUACCGGGUCAGGUGGGCCGGCGCCGGCGACGUCGACAGCAGCAGCAGCGCCGCCGCCCAUGCAGGCGCACCCGGCAGUAGCACCGCCAACGGUAAAGCCGGCGGUAGCACCGGCAGUAGCAGCGGGGGCGCUGCCCGGCUGGAGCUGGUGUACAGCUGCCACCUGCAUGGGGCGGUGGAGAGCCUGGCGGUGCUCAGCGGUGGUAGUCCCAGGCGCCGGGACGCGCUGCUGCUGACCUUCAGGGACGCCAAGCUGUCUGUCCUGGAGUGGGACGUGCGCCACCACACACUGCGCACCACCUCCAUGCACUUCUUCCAGGGGGGCCAGCCGCCGCCGCCGCCGCCGCCCGGGCCACCGGGCUCACAGCCGCCGCCGCCGCCGCCCCACUCCAUGCACCAACAGCACCAGGGCCCUCAACACCAGGGCCAGGGGCAGGGGCAGCAGCAGCGCGAGGCGCGCACGGCGGUGCCGCUGCCUCCCCGUGUGGUGGCUGACCCGGCGGGUCGGUGUGCGGCAGUGGUCAUGUACUUCUGUCAGCUGGCGCUGGUGCCGGCCAUUGAGGGUGAGGCGCUGGAGGCUCUGAGCGGCUGCUCGGGUGGCGCGGGCAGUGCGGCGGCUGUGGGCAACAGCUAUGUGCUCAACCUACACAAGAUGAUGGGUAUCCGCGAGGUCCGGGACUGUGUGUUCCUUCACGGCUACACGGAGCCGGUGCUGCUGCUGCUGCACGAGCCCGACCCCACCUGGGCGGGCCGCCUGCGCGAGCGCAAGGACACGUGCUGCCUGACCGCCAUCUCCGUGUCGCUGCGCCUCAAGCGCCACACCGUGCUGUGGCGCGCCGCCGGCCUGCCCUACGACUGCUACCGCCUGCUGCCGCUGCCGCAGCGGCCCGCGGCGCUGGUGCUCAGCCCCAGCCUGGUCAUGCUCACGUCGCAGGCCUCCCAGCCCCAGGCGGCGGCCCUCAACUCCACCGCUCUGCCCGGCGAGGCGCCGCCGCCGCUGGUGUUCGACCCCGCCCGCGAGGCGCCCUCCGUCACCGCGGCCCGGAUGGCGGCGGAGUUCGCGCUCAACGUGCACCCGGACUGCGCCCCCGCGCUGGGCCGCUCCGCCGCCCUGGUGGGCGACCUGGAGGCGGUGGCGGCGGGCGCCAGCGCAGCCUGGCUCAGCCCCACCACCUGCCUGCUGGGCCUGCAGAGCGGCUCGCUGCUAGCGCUGCACCUGCGCCUGGAGCCGCACGUGCCGCCGGAGCAGCGCAUCACCGCUGUGCGCACAGGCGGAGGGCCGGUGGCCACAGCCAUGGUGGGACUCACAAUGGCAGCGGCGGCGCGCGCGCCCGCCGCCGUGGCGGCGGCGGCCCUGGGCUCCGCCGCCGCCGCCGCCACUGGCAACCUACCGUACGAUUUGUACCGCGGACCGAAGGGCCUCAUCUUCCUUGGAUCCUGGACAGGCGACUCCGUACUCAUGCAGUUAAAACCGCGUACGGACAAUGCGGCGGAGGGCCCGGCGGCGAAGCGUCAGAAGCGUGUGGGCGGGGCCGACAUGGGUGGCGAUGGCGGCGGUGCCGGCGCGGCGUUGACCAAUCGCAGUGCGGCGGUGGCGGCGGCGGCGGCGGCGGGCGCAGCCGCCGCCGCCAAGGUGGCGGCGGCGGAGGGCGGCGUGGGGCCGCAGCGUUUUAACCUGCGGCUGUUGGACUCCCUGCCGUCACUGGGCCCCGUGCGCGACCUCCUCCACGUGGACACCUCCGUGUCGCCGUACACCGCCGGCGGCGGCGGCGGCGGCCCCCUAGGCGCCAGCCGGGGCGGGCCCACCAGCUUCCUGUGUGUGGGGCAGGGCCAGACGGGCGCGCUGGUUCUGGCGCGUCAGGGGCUGGUGCCUGACGUGGUGACUGAGGUGGGGCUGGCGGGCAUUGCCGGCGUGUUCGCAGUGCGGCACCGCGACCCAGACGACGACCCAGACGACGGCGGGGGCCCGGCCGAGGAGUUGGCGGCGGAGGCAGACGGGGCCGAGGUCGGCGAAGACGGUGACGGGGAGGCGGCGGCGGAGGGAGAGGCGGAGGGAGAGGCGGAGGGAGAUGGCGAGGGAGAGGCGGGGGGCAAGGAGCGGGCUACGAGCCCCAAGCCGGCGGCAGUCAAGCCCCAGCCCGGGGGGACGGAGGCAGACGCCGCCGCCGCCGCCGCCGCUGAGGGCGCCGCUGCUACAGCCGUGAAAGCCGGAGAGCCGGCGGACGGAGCUCCUGCUACAGCCGCCGCUGCCUCGGGCGCCAAGCGCGGCCGCUCGCCGGAGCCAGUGGCGGCGGCGGGCGCCAUCGUGCCUGUGUCGCAGCCGGGCAAGGGAGCGGGCGGCGGCGGUGGCGGCGGGGGUCAGCCCAGCUACCACGCCUUCCUGCUCAUCACCAUGGGCAGGGCGCGGACCAUGGUGCUCAAGUGCGCCGAGGGGCUGGACGACGUCACCACCAGCCCCGGCUGUGAGUACAUAACCGACCAGCCCACCAUCGCCGCCGGCAACUUGUUCCACAACGCAGUCAUUGUGCAGGCCUGCCCGGGUGGUGUGCGGCUGCUGGAGGGCAUGUCGCUGGUGCAGGACCUGCCGCUGAGCGAGCUGCAGGCACUGGGCGGCGUGGCGGCGGCCAGCCGACCGGGCGUGGCACCCCCCACCAUCACACACAUGCAGGUGGCGGACCCCUACGUGCUGGUCUCGCUGUCCAACGGCACCGCCUGCCUGCUGGAGGCGGACCUGCUGUCCAUGACGCUGGGGCUGGUGACGGGGGCAGCUGCCGAGCAGCUGCUGGCGGCGCCCGCCCGCUCCGCCAGCCACCGCAUCGCCGCCGCCUGCCUGCAGCUGGACGAAAGCGGCUGGAUGGCGGCGGGCGCGGGGCUGGGGGCGGAGGCGGGUGCAGGGGGGAAGGCGGGGGGAGGGGCGGCGGGCGAGGAGGAGGAGGCCGAGGCGGGGCUAGGGGAGGGCGAGGACGGCGAGGGGGGUGUAAAGAAGGAGGAGCAAGGCGAGGGCGCGGCGGGGCCCGCCGGCGGAGCCGGCAGUAGCAGCGGCGGCAGCGGCAGUAGCAGCAGCAGCAGCAGCAAGUUCCUGUGGAUCUGCAGGCGCUCGGGGCGGCUGGAGUGCUACAGCCUGCCGUCCAUGCGGCUGGUGUUCAGCAGUAGCAGCGGGCUGUCGGGCCGCGAGCAGGUGCUACUGCCGGGCCCAGCCGCCAUGAUGGCCAUGGCGGACCUGUUCGGGGCUGCUACAGCCGAGGAGCAGCCGGAGGCGGCUGCGGCUGCGGCGGCGCCGGGCGGCAGUAGCAAGGGCGGCGCGGGUGGCAGUAGCAUGGAGGACCCGGUGGUUGAGAUGCGCGUGGAUGCAUUCCGGGGCGGCUGUGCGGGCGGUGUGCCCGACUGCGAGCGGCCUGUGCUGCUGGCGCUGACGGCCUCGGGCUGCCUGCUGGCAUACCAGGCGUACAACCCCUACGGCUUCCACCUCGGCAGCAGUAGCAGCGGCGGCGGCAGUGGCAGUAGCGCCGCAGGCGGGGGCAGUAGCAGUGGCAGUGGCAAUAGCAACACCGGCUCGGGGCUGGCACUGCGGCGGCUGCCCCUGGACACGCUGUCGCAUGAGGCGCCGGCGCCGCUGGGGCCGUCGGGCGCAGCUGAGGCGAGUGGCGGCGGUGCGGAGGGCGCGGGGUCUGUGGCUCUGGGGCCGCGACUUAUCCGGUUCGACCACAUCGCGUACACCGAUCCGCUAACACGGGCCCGCGGCGCCAACCACAGCGGUGUGUUUGUGGCGGGCGCCCGACCGCUGUGGCUGGUGGCGGGUCGCGGCGGUCUGGCGGCCCACGCCAUGUGGAGUGAGGGGCCGGUGGCGGCGCUGACGCCCUUCCACAAUGUCAACUGCCCGCUGGGUUUCAUCACAGCCUGCUCGGCGCGGGGCCAGCUCAAGGUGUGCUGCCUGCCGCCGCACACGCGGCUGGACGGCGCGUGGGCGACGCGCAGGGUGCCCCUCAAGGUGACGCCGCACCGGCUGGCCUGGUUCAGGGAGGCGGGCAUUGUGGCGGCCAUCACCUCGCGGCCCGCGCCCAGCAGGCCCCGGCCUGCCGAGGAGCCGGGCGGUGACCCCGCCGCCGCCGCAGCCUACGCCGCCGCGGGCGCCGCCGCCGCGGGUCGCGGCAAGGAGGAGGCGUGGGAGCUACGGCUUCUGGAGCCCAACGCGGGGGGCCGGCUGUGGGUGUCGCAGUUGUUGCCGCCGGGCGAGCAGGCCCUGUGCCUGAAGUUUGUUUACCUGCGCAACGCGACCACCGGCGACACAGACACGCUGCUGGCAGUGGGCACUGGCACGCCGCUGGGCGAGGACUACCCCUGCCUGGGCCGGCUGCUGCUGUACAGCGUGGCCGCCGAGGUGGUGGACCAGGGCCGCGGCAACAUGAGCAGGAGGUGGAGUGCCACGCUGGUGGCGGCACGUGACACCGCCUCGGCCGUCACGAGCGUGCAGGAGUUCAAGUCACAGCUGCUGGUCACGUGCGGCAGCCGCGUUGAGAUGUACGAGUGGAAGAGCCCAGCCGGCGGGACGGCAGCAGCAGCAGCUGCUGCUGGAUCCGGAUCUGGAUCUGGUGGUGGCUCAUUGGACAAACGCGCCUUCUUCGACCUGCCCUCGCUCGCCACGGGCCUGGUCACCGUCAAGGACUACCUGCUGGCCUCGGACGUACACCAGGGCCUGUUCUUCCUGCGAUACUCGGACGCCAGCCGUGUCUUGGAGUUCAUGUCCAAGGACUUCGACGGCCGCGACGUGCUCACGUGCGGCGUGGUGAUCGCCGAGCCCAAGCUGCACUUCCUGGCGGCCGACGCGGCCGGCACAUUGCAAAUGAUGGAGUUCUAUGGCAAGCGCGACACCAAUCCGGAGUUCUGGGCGGGCCAGCGCCUGGCGCCCAUGGGUCUGUUGCAUGUGGCGCGGCGUGUGGGCGUGGCGGCCAGUGUGCAGCUGGCCAGCAGGGACGGCCGGAACCGGCACGCGCUGCUGUGCGGCAGUGCGGAGGGCGGGCUAUCGUUUGUUGCGCCGGUGCCCGACCCGCAGGCGGCGGCCCGGCUGGCGGCGCUGCAGGCGCACAUGAGCGCCACGCUGCCGCACGUGGCCGGACUCAACCCGCGCUCCUUCAGGCACCGCUUCAUCCGCAUUCCCAAGGCGCUGGGUGGCGGCGAGCACCACCGCGCGCCGCUGCCGCCCCGCAACAACAGCGGCCUGCUAGACGGGCAGCUGCUGCUCGGCUUCCCGCACCUCAGCCGCCAGCAGCAGGCCGAGGCGGCGGAGGCGGUGGGCAGCAGCCCGCAGCAGCUGCUGGAGGACCUGAGGGCCAUCGCCGCGGCGGCGACCUUUGGGUAGAGCAGAGGGGGGAAGCUGGGGCCAGGGUGGGUUGAGUUGUAGCUCUGGAGUGCAUGUUUCGGAGUGUGCGGCUGAUGAGUCUAAUCGCUGGCGCAGUUGGUUUGGAUUUGCAAGAUGCGUAGUUAUGGACAAGCUGGGAAAUAUUAUUGCGGCGACGUGCAGACCUAAACGGGCGAGCUUCGUGGUGCGUGCCACAGGUGGGGUCACGGCCGGUCUGGUAGCGGGGAGACACAGAGGGAGGCUCAAUGUAAGACGCCCUUUGC